GUGGCGGCUGGAGCCCGGCUGGGGUUCGCUGAAGGGGCUUGUAGGAAUGGAAGGGGUAACAGGAGCGCCCCUGCCCCCGCCGAAACGCCUGUCUGACCUGCACGCCGUGCUGUUGGGAAAGCUGCGCUGCUGCGGGUUCCUGCGCCUCUGCAGAGCGUCCCCACUGCCCCGGGCUCGGCAUCCUCCCUCCCGGCUGUGGAGAGGAUCUGUAACAAACCACAUCGGGCCCCAAAUCCUUUCCUGAUGUUUCUUGUCCCCUAAGCAGCCGUUCUCCUUGCCCAGGGGAGCGCUGUGGCUUGCACGGGACAAUGAUCUUGGCUGAAGGCGAGAGCCUGCCGUGGGUUUGUCGGGGUGGAUGAUGAAGAGCGUUAAAAGAUGUCUGAGGUUUUCUAAAUUACUCUUGGCUAACAGCCUGAGAGAGUUGCACAAAAUUAUACAAUUACCAAGUGGUUUGGCAAAAUUAUACAAUUACCGACUUCACAUUCAGGUUCUUAAUUUUAUUGUAUUGUAGUUUCUCAUGAACACCAAAUUCUCUCUUUCUUAUCUCUGGAACCAAGUGUGGCAGUUCUAGUUUGGGUGGGGGUGUUGGGUUGCUGCUGGUAGGAAAGAAGCCGCCGUAAAUUCCUUUCUUCCCAGUGUAAUACUGGAUGGAGAGUUUUUCCUUCAGCUUUGGAAAAUCUGAGCAGAACAUCGGAUACAGCAGUAUCUGAACUUCUUCCUCUUUAAACCUUCCUCUUGCAGAUGCUUUUGAUAAUGACUUGAUGCAUACAACCCUGAAAAACAUUGUUGAGGGCAAAACGGUUGAGGUACCAACCUACGACUUCGUGACCCAUUCUAGGCUGGCAGAGACGACGGUGGUCUAUCCUGCUGACGUCGUUCUCUUUGAGGGGAUCCUGGUUUUCUACAAUCAAGACAUUCGGGACAUGUUCCACCUCCGGCUCUUUGUUGACACCGAUUCUGACGUCCGGCUGUCCCGCAGAGUUCUGCGAGAUAUGAAGCGCGGGAGGGACCUUGAGCAGAUCCUCACCCAGUACACGACGUUCGUCAAGCCUGCCUUUGAGGAGUUCUGCCUACCGACAAAGAAGUAUGCAGAUGUGAUCAUCCCCCGAGGAGUUGACAACAUGGUUGCUAUAAACCUCAUAGUGCAGCACAUCCAAGACAUCCUAAACGGAGACAUCUGCAAGUGGCAGAGAGGGGCAAUGAACGGACAUGGCCGGACCUACAAGCGCCCGUUCCCUGAACAAACAGAGAGCAGCAGCGUGCUAGCGGCUGGCAAACGCUCCCACCUGGAGUCCAGUAGCCGUCCGCACUAAGCUGUCGGUGUCUGAAGGAUUUGCCUCUGGUCCAGACCAACACUGAAGACCACUUUGGGAAAGGACUUCAACAGAAUGGUUGGUGAAGUGCCCUUUAAAUCAUCCUAGCAGCGGAGGGGAUACUGGUGGAAAAUUCUUGCAGCGGGGAGAGGAAGGAGUUGGCCUUCGGCCCCUCUCCCCUCCAACCUCCCCCCCCCUCCUUUUCUCCCUGCAUUGUCUGGAGUUAGGAUGUUCUUGAUGAACUGGUCAAAGGCAGUGCUACUUGCCCUUUUUUAAUUGUCAAAAUGACCUAAUGCUGAAGUCUCCCUUGAAAAUUAAGUGUUACCAGGUGAUUAGCAAGAGACCCCAUUUCCCUGAUGAUGAUCUUCCUUAGCAAGGAAAUUAGUUGCCUGUUUUUUCAUAAGAAAAAACAGCCUCCUUAUCCAGGACUAGCUCGCACCCUUGUUAAUUUUAAUAAGCAGGUGCAGUCCUUACUCUGCCUUGUUGGGACCUUGAGUUCUGGCAUUGCUCUCCCACUGACCAGCCUCCUUUUUAGCCUGUAGUAGCAUGUGGGGGCAGAAGGAUUGACCUGUACAGGAACCUCUCCCCUGAGAGAAAGAGAUGAAAUAGAGACUGUCUGGGACAAAUGGGAACUUGCAGUUCAUUGGGGAGGACAGGCCCAAGAAGUUGUGUGAUUCUGAUUCCUGAUUUAUUCCUGUCUAAGCUCCUGAAGCUCGCUACACUGCAUGAUUUUUUUUUUUUUUUUACCCAAAUAGUCUCCUUUAUCAAUCACAGUUACUGAAUGUGUGAGCUCCAACUGGAUUGGGUUGCUCAUGGAAAGAGAAAUCUGACCUUGUCAGUAUUAGUGUCUUUUAGGGUAUUUCUGUACUGCUGCUUGCAGAUUCUGCUGGGCGGAAUCCACUUCCCGAGCUGGCUGGUAAAAGCAAGGGGGGGAAAGCUGUGAAUUGCAGGAUCCUCCUGAUGGCACAAACAGCUCUAUGGACAGGCUUCUACCCUCCAGCAGGGUCAAAGCCCUUGCCUUGCACUCAGGCAGUUUAAACUCAAGAAUGUCUGGUUUUCUAAAAAGAGCAGACAAGAGGCUGGAAGUAUAAACAGUGGCAUCCCAGUUUCUAUAGCUUACCCCAGAUAAGUAAGUGAUACUGCAGCAACAUGAAUUUUCUGGGAAACAAAUUCUGAAAUGAAGUGCCAGUUGGGCCUUUGAAAAUGUCCUUGUGGUAUCCUUCUUGAAUCUGGACUUAUGGUGUAAUUUUAAGGAUGUGGGUGGGAGGAAAUAUUAAGAGGACCUUUUUCAUAUUUGCUAGUUUUCUAAAAUCAGGGUCUGGCUGUGUGUGUUGUGGGUGUGUUACUUUGGUUAAUAAACAAAUGAACAAGCAGUGAGCAGAAGUGACCAUUUUAUAUAAAAGGUAUUUGUGCUAUUUGCACUACACCAGCACAAUGGCGUUACACUCAACAGUUCCUUCUCCCCUUAAUUCAGAAUUGUUAGUGUUAGUUUUGUAAUGGUUGAAGCUUAAGAGAAAAAAAAAAAAAUAAUGCAGUCUGCACAGUCAUCCUACAGUCUUUUCAAUACUGGGAAUCGGUAAAGGUUGGUUGUCUGUCAGUGAUGGCCACAGUUCAGUGGCACAUCUCUGUAAUGCUGGAGAAAGCAGUUCAUUGCCGAACUGCUGCCAGGUGCUGUUUAGCUCAGGGUCACAGACUUAGAGCGUGAGCUACUGCACUGAAGCAUUAGCUAUUGGGGUGGACUUAAGUAGGAGCAAAAUAGUCACUAACCCUACUUUGAAUGGCUGUGGUGUUUGUUCAUACCUUCCUCUGGGGGUGGGGUGGGCAGGAAGCUAAAAGCAGCCUCGACUAGUAUUUGUUAGCCACCCUGGUCUGCCUAGGACUGCUGUUCUUAGGCAGCUUUGAGCUGUAUUGCAAGAUCCUGCUGCUGCAGCCACAU